AUGGAGCCCAAGUCGAGAUUCUCCGAGACUUUGUCGUACAGCAAGGGUGUCCCUGUGGCUCGUGAUAUCGGAUGCGGCGGAUCAGCGAAGGAAGCCAUCGCAUUGUUGAAGUCACAGAAUGGUGUCCUCAACAAGGACCGCCUGGUCAAACUAACUUAUGGGCCCAAGAGACCAAACAUCGAAAAGUUCACUCCUCAUUGGGCGAAAAUGGAUUCUAAGGUGUUAUGUUUCGACGGCAUCAUCAAGGAAACAGUGGCUGAUUGGCCCUCAGAGACGCAUAGGAUUCAUUAUGUAAAAGUCUACUACUAUUUGGAAAAUGAUACCCUGCGUGUUGUAGAACCGGAAAUACCAAAUAGCACGCUGUGUCAGGGCACGCUUCUCCGACGGGAUCACUAUUUACACCCGAGCGGGAAGCGCAACUACAGCUGGAAAGAUCUAAACAUCGGGAAUGACCUUAACAUCCACGGGAAAGAGAUACAUCUGAUUGAUUGCGAUGCCUGGACAAGGCAAUAUCUGACGGAUUCUGGCAUCGAAAUGAGAGAUCGCGAAUCAAGACCCAACGACCCCCAUACGGAGAUGAAGAAGAACAUGUCUCGGAGAAAAGAGUAUAGGAAAGAGGGCGGGGACGGGGCGUCCCUCCUGAAUUUCUACAAGAACGAAGGAAAAGUGCUUAAGUUCUAUGGCAUUUGGAAGAAUGACCCCCAAAGACCACCAGCAGUACGGCGAAUAGUUCUCAAAUACUACCUAGUGGAUGACACGUUGGCGGUGUUUGAAAAUUACCCUCCUAGUAGUGGUUGGGGCCCCCUCUUGUCUGUUCUGCAAGGGCCUAUGGACGUCGCAAGCAGUGGCGGCUCCUUCAUGACUCUCAUUCGGAGACAGAGGGUGCUCCUGGACAGGCCCAAAGACGUCGAGAAGCUCCCCUGCUAUCUGGAGCCGAGAGAUACAGACGACAUCACCUGGAUAAAGCCGGAGCAUCUCAAAACUGGCGAAGAUCUGAAGAUUUUAGGGAAGACGUUUUUUCUAGGCAAGGCCGAUGAAUUCACUCGACACUAUUACAGAGAACACUUCGGAAUCGAGCUCCUCCAAAUAGAGAUAAUGGAAAAGCCAAAACCGUUACCAUGCAAGAUCAUUCCUCCUCACGGCAUUGGAAAAUAUGAAGAGACCUUACAAGACUGUUUCAAACCUUACGAUCAGCCACCGAAGAGAAUACAUCAUCCCAUUCGACCGAUGCCGGCCGAAAUAGUCAAUACAGUAUUGAGAUUUGCAGCUAAAAUGGACACUCCUCGCGACACGGAACGAAUCCGCAGAUUCACCGUCUCUUUCUUCAUGGAAGACGACACAGUAAAGAUCCACGAAGAACAGGUGCCGAAUUCAGGAUUCGGAAGCGGGACGUUUCUGAAAAGAUGCCGCCUCAAAAAGGAGGUGGAGGGUAAGGUGGCAAAAGGUGCAUACUACGAAGCGAAGGAUUUCUACAUAGGAGCGAAGAUAAAAGCGAAUGGCUGUGCUUUCAUUCUCACUGAUGCUGAUUUUUUGGUGUUCAAAUUCAUGGAAAAUCACCCUGAAAUUUACACAGAUGUGUGCGCGGAAGAUCAAAGGAAGUUGGCUGAUAUUGCUAAUGGUAGAAAGGAGUUGUCAAAUGCUGAAAAAAUGCUUUUGCUGGAACAACUAAGAAACGCCGUCGUUCUGAAUUACGGUUGCAGUGCUUACCCUAUCGAAGCGAUUCCCGACUUGGGAUCAGGACUGGCUUUCAAAAAUAACGUGCUCGAAAAACUCUACUCCGGUCAUCUGCCCAUCCCCAUAGAACUUCUCGAGAAGCUGGUGGAAGCUUUCGCGUUUGAAGAAAGAACAAACGUUGAUGAAAUGAAGACUUUUCUGCUUGUUUCUUUGGGACACAAGAAAGAUCACUAUGCAUCACAUUAGUAUUCUAUUUUUCCACACCAUCGGCAAAAAAUAGUUGCAACAGUUAAACAUAGAACAUUUGAAUUUAAUUAUUAAUAAA